AUGCAAUCAUGGCCUGCAGAUAUCCGAGAACAUUACUACAUUCUCAACCAAAAUCUCACCGAUUAUGCAAAUGUAGGAUUUGUGGAUCUAUCCGUUUUGCCGAGCGCUAUCAAUUAUGUUAUCAUUAACACUUUAGUGUUAGGCAUCCCAAUUACGGCAGAAUUUCUCAGAAGAAAAGUGUCUUCGAAAAUCACGUCAACAAUUGACACUAUUUCGGAGUCUAAACGAUCUCAAACUCGUACAUUUUUGAAAGGUCUCACCAUCCAAGUAGUCCUACCCUUGUUUCUGUAUGUUCCGGUGUUCUUGUGCCAACUCUACACAACCAUUGCAAAACAAGAGGUCUUGUUUCAACAAUACUUGAUUUUCGAACUCCCUGUGAUUUCGACUGUUCUCGACCCACUGAUUUCUAUGUAUUUCAUCACUCCAUAUCGUAGGACUAUAAAAAAGAGGUUUCAACGGGAAAAACAAGCAACCACCGACGCACAUAUCCCUUCAGUUUUUGUGGUCAUGUGA